GAGCCUUGUAGGUAAGAGAGAGAAGCUGCCGGGAUUCUCUUUCGAGCGAGAGUGCGCUGGUACUGAUACUGAAGGAUUUGGUUUUUUAAUUUAAAACUUGGGGGGCUCCGCUCAACCGGCUCUAUAAAUUUUUGCAUUGGAUCUAGAGCCUGCCCGUCUUUGAUUCGGCUCAACAAUGGAGAUGGUUUUGGCCGCAGCUAACUGUGCCGGUGCCUUCUCGUUCAACAACCCCAAAAAGCUCCUCAAAUCGCGUCGAUCCUCGCUCCAAAUGCCGGCGUGCAGAUCGGGCCCCGACGCGCCGCUCGCCAUGUCGUCCGCCGCCGCACCGGAGGAGCCGCGCCCGGUGCGCCUGGGCAUCAUGGGCUGCGGCUCCAUCGCGCGCAAGGUCGCGCGCUCAAUGCUGCUCGUCCCCGCCGCCGACGUGGCCGCCGUGGCCAGCCGCUCCGAGGGGAAGGCGCGCCUCUUCGCCGCCGACAACGGCCUCCGGAGCGGCACGCGCAUCCACGGCUCAUACGAGGCGCUCCUCGACGACCCGGACAUCGACGCCGUGUACAUGCCGCUCCCCACCAGCCUCCACGUCAAAUGGGCCACCGCCGCCGCCGAGCGAGGCAAGCACCUGCUCCUCGAGAAGCCCACCGCGCCCUGCGCCGCCGACCUCGAGCGCAUCCUCGCCGCCUGCGAGGCCAACGGCGUCCAGUUCAUGGACUCCACCAUGUGGAUGCACCACCCCCGCACUGCCAAGAUGCGUCAGCUCGUCGCCGAUCAGGACACCAUCGGAGACGUCAGAUUUAUAAACACCAUGGUCAGCUUUCUAGCAAACGAAGAUUUCCUCCAGAAUGACAUCAGGGUAAAGCCGGACCUUGAUGGCCUGGGUGUGCUGGGUGAUAUCGGGUGGUACUGCAUCCGUGGAAUCCUGUGGGCUGUUGACUAUGAGCUGCCCAAGAAUGUGGUUGCUCUCCGUCACCCUGUCAAAAACCAAGCUGGCGUUCUGCUUGCUUGCGGCGCGUCGCUCUACUGGGCCGACGGCAAGGUCGCCACCUUCCACUGUUCUUUCCUUACCAACCUGACCAUGGACCUCACCGUCGUCGGCACCAAUGGUACUAUUCAUGUCACCGACUUGGUCAUUCCGUACGAAGAGAAGUCUGCUCCGUUCAGCGUCGCCUCCAAGACAAACUUCGCCGAACUCUCAACUGGAUGGGAUCCACAUCCGAGCAAGCAUGUUGUCACGACGGACCUACCCCAGGAGGGGCUCAUGGUCCAGGAGUUCUGUAGGCUGGUGCAGAGCAUCAGAGAUGCGGGUGCCAAGCCUGAGGGGAAGUGGCCGGGCAUCACCCGAAAGACACAGAUUGUCGUGGAUGCAGUGAAGACUUCUAUUGACAACGGAUUUGAGUCGGUCGUUGUUGCCAGCUAAAUACAACACAUAACUAGUCGUUCUCAUGUUAUAUCUUCCAGACCAUGACAAAUCUAUCUAUUGAAGUAAUUUGAAAGAUUCUUAUCAUAUUGAGGAUAGUAUUGCAACGAUCAAGUAAGAGUUAUUAA